AGACACAACAUUUAAAUCAAGAGGCUUCAACUUUGAACUCAUCUCUCUUCUUAAAGACCCGACCUUUCUGUUUCUCUAGCUUCCAAUUCUUAAGGGGUUUUGAUUCUGCUUCACCUUUUUGAAGCUCUGGAGCUUGAUGGGUUCUCUCUGAUUCCAACUUUUCUGGGGGUCUUUGUUCGGAGCUGCUGAGGUUUUUCUUUGACUUGAACUGGGAUCAAAGGUUAAUAUUCCAUGAAGCCUUUUGAAAAGAAUGAAGCUGAUUUGGAAGAUGGAAAGUUGGUUAAAGACAGAGAUAGAACACCACGAAGUAAUAAGGUGGUCAAAAUACAAAACCAGGCCCUGUUGUCUGGUCUUGCAUAUUGCAUAUCUUCGUGCAGCAUGAUUCUAGUGAACAAAUUCGUGCUUUCCAGCUAUAACUUCAAUGCUGGAAUUUCAUUGAUGCUUUACCAGAACCUCAUCUCAGUUAUAAUAGUGUCUACAUUGAGUUUGUUGGGGGUAAUAUCAACGGAACCACUAACAUGGAGAUUGGUUAAGGUCUGGUUGCCUGUGAAUGUUAUAUUUGUUGGGAUGCUCAUUACAAGCAUGUUUAGCUUGAAGUAUAUCAAUGUAGCGAUGGUCACAGUCCUGAAGAAUGUUACUAAUGUGAUCACUGCUGUUGGCGAAAUGUAUCUUUUCCAGAAGCACCAUGAUAGCAGAGUAUGGGCAGCCCUUUUUCUAAUGAUAAUCUCAGCAAUUUCGGGAGGGGUGACUGAUUUAUCUUUUCAUGCCGUCGGCUAUGCAUGGCAACUUGCUAACUGUUUCUUAACUGCAUCUUAUUCUCUAACUCUACGGAGGGUCAUGGAUACAGCAAAGCAGGUUACAAAAUCUGGAAAACUCAAUGAGUUUUCUAUGGUCCUGCUAAAUAACUCUCUUUCUUUGCCUCUGGGGAUUCUGCUUAUUUUUGUUUUCAAUGAGGUUGAUUAUCUCUUUACCACGCCACUUCUGAGAUUACCAUCAUUCUGGCUGGUAAUGACACUAAGUGGGUUUUUGGGUCUGGCAAUCAGCUUCACUUCUAUGUGGUUUCUUCAUCAAACAGGUGCUACAACAUACAGCCUUGUAGGUUCACUGAAUAAGAUCCCUCUAUCGGUUGCUGGUAUUGUACUUUUCAAGGUCCCAACCAGUUUAGAGAACUCCGCUAGCAUAUUCUUUGGUCUUGUGGCGGGAGUGUUCUUCGCUAGAGCCAAAAUGCGGGAGAGAUCUCAAUCCUGAACUGCUUUAACUUAGUUUGGCUUACACAUGAGGACCAUGUUUUGCAAUGGGGAAACUGCAUUCUGCUUUAACAUCUGAUGUUUCGCUUCUCGGAAAUCAUCUGGUGAAGUGACUGAUAAACUAGCAAGGAAGAUAUAUUCAGAUAGGCAAUGUUGCGGUACGUUUCUGGGUAUCUGGUGGAGGGAUGAAAGUUUCACUCAAAUGUCAGGAGGCCUUCGGAGAAAUAUUGUACUUUAUAGUAUGAAUACCUCAAAACCUUACCACUAAAUCAUUCACAUAUUUGUGUUGUGCAUUUGUGCUGCAUCUCAUUCUUAUAUAUCAUUUCUAGUCUUAUUGAAACGAUAUCCCUGUAAUUUAUAUGCGAAAUUACCAGAAAACAAA